GGCUGGUUCCGCAAGUUUUUGACAGUUCGGGCACGGAACGCGAGGCUGCCGCGGCGCUGCGCUGGGGCCGGGGCGCUCCGCAGGACCGAGAUCUCCCCGCCGGCACCAUGUCCCGGGACCCCGAGGAGGUGAACAAGCUGACGGAGAACACGUACAAAAAUGUUAUGGAACAGUUCAAUCCCGGACUGAGGAAUUUAAUAAAUCUGGGGAAGAAUUAUGAAAAAGCUGUUAAUGUUAUGGUAGUGGCUGGAAGAGCUUAUUAUGAUAGCCUUGCAAAGAUUGGGGACAUAUCAGCAGAUUCUCCAGUUUCUAAAGAAUUGGGCCAAGUUCUGGUAGAGAUCUCAAGAACACACAAGAAACUUAAUGACAGUCUAGAGGAGAGUUUCAAAAAAUUCCAUAAAGAAAUUAUAGCUGAACUGGAGAAGAAAACAGACCUGGAUGUAAAAUAUAUGACUGCAACUUUAAAAAGGUACCAAACUGAACACAGAAACAAACUGGAUUCUUUAGAGAAGUCUCAGGCUGAGCUGAAAAAAAUCAGAAGGAAAAGCCAAGGAGCGCGAAAUGUAACAAAGUAUGAGCACAAAGAAAUGGAGUAUUUGGAAACCGUGACCUCUCGACAAAGCGAUAUUCAGAGAUUUAUUGCAGAAGGCUGCAGAGAAGCUCUCCUUGAAGAGAAAAGAAGGUUCUGUUUUCUGGUUGACAAGCACUGCAGCUUUACCCAGCACAUGCACUUCUACCAUGUUCAGUGUGCAGACUUCCUAAAAUCCAAGCUGCCUGGCUGGGAGGAAAUCUGUAGUGAUGCCACCAAAGUGCCUGAAAAAGUGAGAAUGAUGAUAGAUGAAAUCAGGACCCCUGGCUCCACGCCGGUGUCGGGAACGCCGCAGCCCUCGCCGAUGGUGAAGAGAAACACCCUGAUUGGAAAUGAUUUUUAUCCUCACCAAGAAAAUGCAUCCAAAGUGCCCCCAGCUCCCACGGGCAGGGCGUACACGAGCCCACUCGUGGAUAUGUUCAACAAUCCUGCAGCAGCUCCCAAAGCACCUUCUGAAAAACUGAACCACUCAGCAGAGAAUUCAGAUGAUGCCAGUUUAUCACGUUCAACUUCUGUUGCCACGGGAUUGAAUAUAAUGAAAAGGCAGAAAGUGAAGACAAUCUUCCCUCAUACUGCUGGAAACAACAAGACCCUGCUCAGCUUUGCCCAGGGGGAUAUCAUCACCCUGCUGGUGGCUGAGGAAAAGGAUGGCUGGCUUUAUGGGGAGCAUGACACAACCAGACUAAAAGGAUGGUUUCCAUCAUCAUACACAAGACCCCUGGAUGAAUCAGCAGAAGAAAAAGCCUUUGCUCCAGUGCCAAGCCCUGCACCAAUCCGAAGUGUUAGCUCUGUGAACCUUGUGGAGAAAGGGGAAGUUGUCCUCCCACCACCAGACUACCUGGGGGCUGCACAGACAGACAGACGGACGGAGCCUGCCAGAGGUGCAGCCGUGAAAACUCCGAGCGAGCGAGCGGAGCCGGCAGGCCCGAAACCUGACAUGAAUGGCAUUAUAAAACCACCUUUUCUAAGUGGAGAAAACCCCUUUGCAACGGUGAAACUGCGACCCACGGUGACAAACGACAGAUCAGCACCCAUCAUCCGAUGA